GUAGUAAGUUGUCGAAGCAAGAGAAGUCACUCAUUCCGUCAUCAUGAAGUUCUCUUCUUUGUUCACUGGAGUGCUCUUUAGCCUCGCGUCUCUCAGCACGACUUUUGCGGCCAAAUCGUUCUCGGCCUCCAACCUGUACUAUGCAGCAGGUCUCAGAGAAGCCCAACAGGUUACCCUCCUCCAAGGCCUGCAGAGUGCUGGUGUCAAGGUCCUGCGUGUCUGGCUUGAUGGUCAAUCCGAAGCUCAAAAAGGCACCCAAAUUGAUACCUUUGCGCCACUUCAGGGCGAUUCUCCCACUGCUUGGGAUGACACAGUUCUCAACCGCCUCGACAGCUUCAUGGUGAGAGCACACAGCUACGGCAUCAAGCUCUCCAUCGCCAUUCACAGUUACAAUGCUCUCGAAGGCAACAAAGACUUCUAUGGAAAGUGGUAUGGCACCGGCGACUUCUACACCAACGCCGAUGCCAUCAAGCACUUCCAGGAUCGUAUGGCUCACGUCCUCGCCCACGUCAAUCCCGCCAACGGCAAAACAUGGGCGCAGAGCUCCGAGUACAUCUUUGCUUUCGAAGCCCAGAACGAAGCCAUGCACCCCCAAGGUAACCCCUCCGCCCUCGCCACCUGGCAAUGCACCAUGGCGACCUCGCUCCGCUCCUUCCUCGCAGGCAACACCGGAAUCCUCAUAACCACCGGCGGCGGCUCCUACCUCGCGACCUCCCUGCUCGACGCCUACUACUCCUGCGCCGCGCUCGACGUCCUCGCAAUCCACGCCUACGGUGUCGGUGACUUCGGCACCAGCACCCUGCAAACCUACGUUCGCCGCGCGCAGUCCGCGGGCAAGAAGCUCAUCAUGCAGGAGUGGGGCGCGUGCGCCACGAAUGCGGCAAACAACAACUGCAAUGGCGGCAGCAUGCUUGGGUCCGGGACGCGCAAUGCGAACAUCAAGGCUUGGGCGGCCCAGAUUGAUGCAGCGGGUAUUCCCUGGUUCUACUGGCAGUUGCUGCCGAAUGCCAAUCCGAAUCAUGGGUGGAACUAUGAGGUGGGUAUGGUGAGUGGAGAUGCGAGUUGGGCGACGCUCAGGGAGGCAGGACUUGCGGCGCGGAGGGCGGAGAGUGCGUUUGAUUUCGAUCGGUGGUUGCUUUGAGGCUAGAGCGUCACUGGUCAAGAUUUCUAGCAGUCUCCUUGAAGCGAUGUCGUUGAGAAUGAGGUGACGGACAGUGGAGAGCAAGAUAGACAUGUCAAAUACUACGCAAAAAGCUUCAACAGCAGCGUGGCGGCGUUGUGCUCAACAACAACGCCAUGGACGGGUCUGUAUAGACUGACAUAAGCUUCAAUAUAACCCCGU